GUAUGUUGAAUUUGAACCACAUAACCAGGAUGGUGGAGACGAGUGUAAUCGUGAACGUAGAGAGUCUCUUUACCGACAACCCUAAGCCUCCACAAGACAUCCUUUUACACGACCCUAGUGAAGUCAUUCUCCAGCCACCUGGCUAUCAGCAGACAUCACUGAAUAAGUCAACUGAACACUCUAGACGUCAGUACCAGACACCGACGGAUCAGCUCGCCGGAGAUAACCUCCUACAGGGACUGUGGGGAGACUCGAGAACCACUUGCCGGGGACUUAUUCUCGACCUCACCUCCAGCAGCAACACCACUCACCUCGCACUCAGGUUGGUAGAGAUAUCUGGACUAUGGCGGCUGCCGGAGACGGUGGUGAUAGCCAUAGGUGGGAGGACGGGGGUGAGGUCCGUGCUGCUCCACCACAGUCUCCGCAACACUGUCCACGCCCUCUACCUCACCCUCCACCACGACCUCCUCCACGCCUCCUUCAACGCCCAUCUUCCAAACUCAGAGUCACGCCUCGGAAAACUCCUCUCCCAGGAAGCUUCAACAAACAGUGGCGUGAGGGUGUAUAGCCGAUGUCUGUAUUGCAACAACGGGGAAGCUGACGUCCAACUCGUCCACAACUUGAACAUCAACUCACCCGACCUCCUUUGGGUCGACCUCUUCCAAGAAAGAUUUCAAGACUUUAUGGACCACAAGACGAGAAUAGUAACAGCAUCAAUUGCCUCACCGUACAUUGUCUACCAGCGGGUGAGCGAGGCCCCGGGCACAGCCGUCCUGCUGAGAGACUCCCUUGAUGCCCGGCUCAUCCACACCUUCGCUGUCAAGCUCAACUUUACGUACGUUGUUGACAUAUUCCUUCCCGUUCCUGAUACUGAGCACUUGCAACAUGUUAAUGCGACUUUCGAGAGACUCUCCAUGCUUAGUUUCACUUACGAGAUGGAGAAGGAAGGUACGUUACCUUUCCUAGAUGUAACAGUCUCGGAAAGACUGCAGUCUACACUAAGGGAACCAACAUAG